AUGUCGCUGCCAGAGCGAUCAGCAUCGACCAGAGCCAGCGUAUUGACCGACGGUAUGGAGAAGCCAUUACUGGAUAACCGCACAUACCGUGUGGUGCGACUACCGAACGACCUCGAGGCGCUGUUGAUCCACGACCCGGACACGGACAAGGCGAGUGCGGCUAUGGAUGUCAACAUUGGCAGUUUCAGUGAUGCCGACGACAUGCCUGGUAUGGCGCACGCCGUCGAGCAUUUGCUCUUCAUGGGAACUGAAAAGUUUCCCGUCGAGAACGAAUACAACCAGUACCUGCAACGCUAUGGAGGUUACUCGAACGCUUUUACCGCCUCAUGCGACACAAACUACUACUUUGAGCUUUCGGCUUCGGCCACGUCGACCAGCCAGCAGUCGUCGCUCAGCAGCAAGGAGAACCUCCCCAUUGAGAAGUCGCAAGCCCCGCUCUUCGGCGCCCUCGAUCGCUUUGCCCAAUUCUUCAUCCAUCCGCUAUUCUUAGAAGACACGCUAGACCGUGAGCUGCGUGCCGUCGACUCGGAGAACAAGAAGAACCUGCAGGCCGACAACUGGCGCCUACACCAAUUGAACAAGAGUCUGUCCAACAAGAAACACCCUUUCAACAAGUUUUCUACCGGCAACUACAAGGUCUUGCACGAUGACCCUAUCGCCCGUGGUGUCAAGAUCCGCGACUCUUUCAUCAACUUCUACCGCGCAAACUACUCGGCAAACCGCAUGAAGCUUGCUGUCCUGGGUCGUGAGAACCUCGACGAGCUCGAGUCAUGGGUCACUGAACUCUUCUCGGAUGUACCCAACCAAAAUCUGCCCAAGCUACGCUGGGAUGAUGUACCUGCCAUGACAGAGGCCGAAUUGGGCACACAGAUCUUCGUGAAGCCUGUUAUGGACAUGCGUCUGCUUGACAUGCACUUUGUCUACGCCGACGAGGAGGAAUUGUGGGAGUCUCAGCCUGCCAAGUAUCUGAGCCAUCUCAUCGGCCACGAAGGUCCCGGCUCCAUUCUAGCUUAUAUCAAGGCAAAGGGUUGGGCCAACGGUCUCGGCGCUGGCCCCAUGAACAUCUGCCCUGGCACUUCCCACUUCUCCAUCUCCAUCCGUCUUACCGAAGACGGUCUCAAGAACUACCAAGAAGUCAUCAAGGCUGUCUUCCAAUAUCUUUCCAUGGUCAAGGAGCACCCACCGCAAGAGUGGAUUGUCGAUGAGAUGGCCAAGCUUGCAGAGGUCGACUUCCGUUUCCGUCAAAAGAUCCCCGCGAGUCGCACUGUCAGCGCUUUGAGUGGUGUCAUGCAAAAGUCUUUCCCGCGCGACAAGUUGUUGAGCGCUCAGUCGUUGAUCUGGAAGUUCGACUCGGAUGCCAUCAAGCGCGGUAUCGACUUCCUCCGACCCGACAAUUUCCGUAUCACCCUUGUUUCUCAAGACUAUCCUGGAAACUGGGAUCAGAAGGAGAAAUGGUACGGUACUGAAUACAAGUACGAGAAGAUGCCUGCCGAGUUCAUGAAGGAUUUGGAGACUGCCAGCAAAGCCACAUCAUCACAGCGUCCUUCGGAACUGCACAUGCCCGCCAAGAACGAGUUUGUGCCUUCGCGUCUCGAUGUAGAGGUCAAGGAAGUGGAUAAGCCCGCACUUACGCCCAAGCUGAUUCGCAACGAUGCCAAUGUCCGUACAUGGUGGAAGAAGGAUGACCAGUUUUGGGCACCCAAGGCAAAUGUCAAGGUCUUUUUCAGAUCACCUCUAGUUAGCAUGUCUGCUCUCACUGCUGUCACUACCCAGCUGUACAAGGAUCUGGUCGAGGAUUCGCUGACCGAGUACUCUUACGAUGCCGAGCUUGCUGGUCUCGAGUACGAUCUUCAAAACCACGCUCAAGGCUUCGAUGUCACUAUCAGUGGUUACAACGACAAGAUGGCUGUCCUUCUUGAAAAGGUCUUGAUUGGCAUGCGCGAUCUUGAUGUCAAGGAUGACCGCUUCGAGAUCGUCAAGGACCGUACUCUCAGAGGCUGGCGCAACUUUGGCUACCAACAGCCAUUCCACCAGAUUGGUACCUACAGCAGAUGGCUGGUUGCCGAAAAGGGUUUCAUUGUUGACCAAUUGCUUGAGGAGCUUGAUCAGGUCACCGCCGACGACAUCCGCAAGUUCUAUCCUCAAGUCCUUCACCAGAUGCAUAUUGAGGUUCUCGCUCAUGGCAACCUUUAUCGCGAAGAUGCUCUCAAGAUGACCGAUUUGGUCGAGUCUAUUCUGAAGCCCAAGCAACUACCCGCUGGCCAGUGGCCUCUCCGUCGUUCCAUCAUCCCACCUCAGGGCAGCAACUUCGUCUACGAGCGUACGCUCAAGGAUCCCGAGAACGUCAACCACUGUAUCGACUACCAACUGUUUACCGGUUUGCUUACUGACCGCGCCAAUCGUGCCAAGCUCCUCCUCUUUGCUCAAAUGUCUGAAGAGGCCUGCUUCGACACUCUUCGCUCCAAGGAACAGCUUGGCUAUGUCGUUCAAUCUGUGCCGCUGAUGCUUACUGCUGUCUCCGGUUGGCGCGUGCUGAUCCAGUCUGAGAGAUCCCCCGAAUACCUGGAGAAGCGCAUUGACGUCUUUUUGAACACAUUCGGCGACAACUUGAAGAACAGCAUGAAGGACGAAGAGUUCGAGUCUCACAAGACAGCUCUCAUCAACAAGCGCUUGGAGAAGAUGAAGAACCUCAACCAGGAGAGUGGCCGUUUCUGGCACCACGUCACCAGUGAGGCCUUUGACUUCGAACUUGUGUACCGCGAUGUCGAGCACAUCGAGCCCAUUACCAAGCAAGACAUGGUUGACUUCUUCAACACUCACAUCGAUCCUGCUUCCAAGACGCGCGCCAAGAUUGCCACUCAUCUGCUCGCCCAGGCAAAGUCCUCGGACGCGGACAGCAUCAAGUCUCCAUCAGACCAGACCGCCGAGCCUCAAGGCGUCAGAGAUGAGACUUCCAGCGCAACGAGCUCCGAACGCAGAGUCGAGGAACAGAAGAAGGAGGUCGGCACUGCCAUCAAAAUCGAGGAUGUCAGAAGCUUCAAGGCCAGCAUGCCUCUGUCUGAGGCCAUGAGACCCGUCAAGGAUUUGGCCGAGUUUGAAGACCUGGGUUCCAAGCUCUAG